AGCCCACGAGGGCAAUGCCUGUUCCUGGAGCAUUGCUCAAUGUGCAGGAUGAAGAGGAUGCCAAGUUCCUGUGCUCCUUCCUUCCGUCACAGCGAGCAGGGGGAGAGGAGCUGCCCCUGGGCUGGGCCAGCUCGCUCCUCUCCUGCUCCUCUCCUGCUCCUCUCCUGCUCCUUCUCUGCUCAGCCCCAUGGAGAAGCUCCUGAACCUCACCUUGCUCUUCCUGUCAGCAUCCUGCGCUGCCGAGAACGUCACCGUGGUGGCCGUGGAGGGCGACACCAUUUCCAUCAACUGCUCAUACGACGCGCGGCAGUGGUGGCGGGACAAGAGCUGGUGCCGCCAGCUGGGCCGGGGGCGCUGCCAGCCCGUGGUGAGCGCGCCGCCCGCCUGGCUGCCCCUGCCCAGGCCCAGCCGGGGCAGCACCUCCAUCAGGGACGACGCCCGCGCCGGGCUGCUCACCGUCACCAUGCGGGGCCUGCGCCGGCGCGACGCGGGGCUCUACCAGUGCCAGACGGGGUUCCUGGGCCACACGCGGAGCCUCAGGAGGGUGCGGGUGGAGGUGCUGGCAGCUGACCUGGUGACCCACGUGCCAGAGGAGCCCAGAGCUGUGCAGAGCAUCUCCAGGUCCCCUCCUGAUGUGGAUUUCACUGUUUUCUACAUCCUGGCUGGAUUCCUGGUGGCCAAGUUCAUGGUGGCUGUGCUGGUCGGUGCUGUUGCCCACAGCAGGAAGAACAGGGAGAGAGGGCAGAACCCAGAACUGGGUGAGCAGCAGGAGCUCCCAGUCCCUGCUGACCUUGGACAUGAUGGAAUCGGCCUCUCCUGGGAGAGCUCUGCAUGAGCCAAGCCAAAGGAAUCCGUGGAAAAGGCAAAUCCAUGGAAAAGGCCACCUGCCAUAAGGAAAGGACCACUACUAAACACAGGUCUGGAAGAACCUGUCACUCUGGAGAGGUUCCCAUCUUCUUCAUCACCUCUUCCCCUUGGUGUCUCAUCCCCAGGCAGUUAUUCCAGACCUCAUUCCCAGGACCAUUCCAUCAUGCUCUGAACUGACACCCAUCAGCUUCCUGUCACCUCAGGUGACAAAUUCUGUCUUUCCAAGGGGAGGAAGAGCAGCUCCCAAAAGCUGCUUUGGACAGUGGGGAUGGUUGGAGAAAACCCCUGUUGGAAAGGGCUGAGGAACUGCAGGACACACCAGGACAGGGAUGGGGUCUCCUUGCACCUCUGAGGCAGCUUCUCCUCUCUGAAGGGACUUUGUGAACACAGGAAUUGUCUCUCUGUUGUUCUCCCUGUGUUUUCUCCCAGGCUCCCGAACCCGUGGGCACUCACGUUUCUUUUUCCCUGCAAAACUGAAUAAAAUCCAGCUGAUUCUCUG